AUGUCGACGGUACCGCCGACUCUGAUCAAUAUGCCUCCCGCAGACCCCAUGACGCCCUCAGAUGCUCCUGGUACUCCUAAUUCUACCACAACCUCCAUGUCGGAGCUCUCGACGUCAGUAGUCCUGCAUCGCCGAGCUACCAACAAUCUGCUAACUUGUGCUCAUAGUGUUGCUAUUAAAGACGGUCACCGAGGCCACCUGCCUCAUUCGCACCACUCACAAGCUCCCACAUCUGGUACCUUGGAUGCCGAGCGUGCCGAUCGUAUCUCACGUCUUGCUGGCCUUGAGCGUGUGACGACUGCCCGCAACCCAACCCCCCUCUCCAACCUAACCCCCGGUGCCGUUGCUCCUCACUCGGCUGCUGCAAGUGGCUACUUCGAUUCCCAAGGAAACCCUCUUAUGGGCCGUGAGCGCAGUACUGUUGGCUCGGCUUCGGCAACGGGUAGUGUCGGAGGCCGAACUACGUGGGCUAGCGGCAGCGAUGUCUUUGACCACGACAAGAUGAGCGAGAGUCAAGAUAUGGACAUGGAGACUUCCAGCGUCGGCGCUGCUUCCGAAACAAACAGUCUGGUCGGCUUUGGAGAGGGUGCUCGCACUCCCGCACGUCACAGUGCCAUCGGCAGUCCCAAUGUAGCAAAAUCCACACCUACGGCGGCCUCGGGUUUCUCACAGCCCUUUCAAAGAGACGCCAGCUUGACUCCGGUCAGCUCUCAAGCUCAGUCAGAGCAGCAUGACGUUCAGAUGGUCGAUCGCAGGACGCUCGAUACUGGAGCCGAGACUGCUGAACGCAUCAUCCGCGAACGCCUUGGUCCUGGAGGUGGCCAGGGAGGUAUUGAAUCACCCGAUGCCUCUCGUGGUCCAGGACGUGAUCUGGGAAAGUUCUACUUUGAGUCUGGCAAAUGA